AUGACCGGCGGACCUGACGUAGUGACGUGUCAAGCUGUCAAGGCGGCAGAUCCUGGCCUCACGUCUGCUGUCACAUCUCUCACUUCCGGCGGAUCGCGCGGGAAUUAUUCUCACCUCACUUCCGGCAGGAGGUGCGUCUGUCCUGAAGACUUUGAGCCAAAGGGCCGCAACUGUGGGGUCGGAGUACAGAAAAGCGCCGCGGGAAGUCUCCGCAAAAAGGAUAGCGUAGAUCUGCAGCGUGAAGUCAGCUUACCCAUCAAUUUGGUGGGAACUGGUCAGGUUGUCCCGUCAUGUUUACUCAUCAGGGACUUAUACACUUGGGUGGUGGGUAAUGUCACUGUCAUCGUGCUGAGCAAGCACCGGCACCGACAGCGACAUGUCAAGUCAGAACGUCCAUCCAGCACUCGUCUAGCGGUCAUCGUCUUUGUCCACGGGGGCAGCUACCAGAAUGGCAUGGGUGCCAUGGUGGACGGGUCCGCACUGGCCACGCAUGACGUCAUAGUGGUCACCUUCAACUAUCGGCUGGGCCCCCUGGGUUUCCUAGAGACUGGAGACCACGCCUUCCCCGGUAACUACGGACUACUGGAUCAGGUACAAGCCUUGAGAUGGGUGCAGGAGAAUAUCCACUACUUCGGGGGAGACCCCACCCGGGUGACUAUAGACGGACACAGUGCGGGGGGUUGUAGCGUGGGGCUCCUCAUGCUCAUGCCUAUAGCUAGAGGUCUGUUCACACGUGUGAUCCAGCAGAGUGGCUCUCCUUUCGCCGACUGGGCAGUGACGAGACAACCAAGCACCCCCAACUUCUACUUCAAACUCUUCACCGCGGCCUUGAACUGUUACGGCAAUGGCACGGCGGAGGUCAAGGAAUGUCUAAAGAAAGUCCCGUCUGACGUCAUACACAGGGCCAUACUGAAGCAGUUCCAGCAUCCGGUGUCGCUGGUGCCCCAGUUCAGGCCGGUGGUGGAUGGUCACGUCAUACCAGACACACCAGAGAGGCUGGUGGCGCACGCGCACGUGGAGGGGACUGAGAUACUCACGGGAACGACGUCAGAUGAGGGACUUGUUGCUGCAGUCCCUAUUCUCGAGAAGUACGGAAUACGUCAUCAUGGCUUACGGCGCCUCCUGGCAGUCAUGAGUGUCUUCAGCGUGGACCUGCCAGAGAUCAAAAGCCUCAUGGGUGUGGUCCACGGGGCAGAGUUAUUCUACCUGUCCGGCUACCCGAUGACCGGCCAUGACAAUUUCCGCUACGACAAAAGGGACCAAAGAAUGGCCUCUAUGAUCAUGCAAAUGUGGGCCAAUUUUGCCAAAAACGGAUUGCCAUCACUUGUCCCCAAAGAAGAUUUCUACAUGCCGCCCUUCACCCACAACAAACCUGUCUACACCAAAAUGACCACAGUAGAUGGAGAGGUCAAAAUGGCAGUUGAAGUUGCCUUUAAGCCGGAGAAAAUGGCCUUCUGGAAUAAGCGAGUCCCGAAGCUUUAUCUCAACCAGCUCCGCCACGACGCCCAUCUGCUAGACGAGACUCCGCCCGGAAACACAGGAAGGAUGGGAAGGGGCGGAGCUUCAGAGGAAAAUGACCUACCAGACGGCGUGGUGCGCAGGGCACCUACUUACGUCACAACACAUCCUUCUAGCAGUUGGAUUUUGAUCGCUGCUUGUAUAGGGCUGUCUCUUCUUACUGUGUUGUUGUCUGUGUGCUAUUGUCAAGUGAGAAGACAGAUGAAAACAUUGAUACGACAGAGUAGUGUGGGAAGUGGGCAGGCAAUAUUGUAGUUAUUGUAGUAGUUGUUAUGGAAUCUCAAGAUUCUUUAUAUGUAUUGGAGUCAGAGUACACAUCAUGUCUCAGCUCAAAAGGUCAUGAAGUGGGGGCUAAAACUGCUCCUUCCUCCUUGCGCUGGAGAAGGCGAGUUUUUCCUAGUCCUUCUUUCUUUUGCUAAACGUUUUCCACCGUUUGCACAGAGAAAUUGAGUUUAUUAAUACACAUACCUUCGCUUAUUUGAUAUGAAGAAAUCUAAGUCCGUUAGGUGGUUUCUACUCUUUGGCUACAUCGCCGACAUCAAUCCUGUAAUGUCCUUGAUCUAGAGACAGAAAUUGGUCGCUUUUAAGCAGAAGGGGGCUGUCCCGAAAAAUGAUGUUUUGAGAAAGUCCACGGUAAAGUUUUUGGACCCAUGAUAUCUUUCUUUAAAAGACAAGGAGGGUUUUCUCUAUAACUAAACAAAUCUACAUAGAUUUACAUACCAAUGAAAGCAAACUUCUCCUAUAGGUAGGCUAAUGCCCACUUUUGGUGUAGGUCAAGAUUUCUGGAAACCC